CCUUAAUGCUGGAAAUAAUCCUGUUGGCGGAGACCCCAGUACUGUGCAGAUCAGAAAAGGAUGCAGGAAAUUCUGUUUACACAUGUGUCUGUAGCACUGAGCAGCAAGAGCAGCCCAGCGAGCCCAGAGGGUGUGAAAUUAGAUUAAGAAUCGAAACAUGAAUCUAGACUCUGUCCAUAAAUUAUCUGACAAGACACAGAUUUUCAAGACCCAACAAAGACAGUCUUAUGAACUAGAUGAAGGUAGCAAAGCAACAGGUAACCUCUGUAACUCAAGUUUACCAUCUCAAAGGCUCCAUCCAUACUCCUCUCACCAUCCGUGUAUGCAUAUUAGUAACAACAAUGACUGGGAGAUUUCUGAAGAGCUCCGACUUCGGGAGCUGGAAGAAGUUAAGGCUAGAGCUGCCCAAAUGGAGAAGACCAUGCGCUGGUGGUCAGACUGCACUGCCAACUGGCGGGAGAAAUGGAGCAAAGUUAGAAUAGAAAGGAAUAAAGCCCGGGAGGAAGGGAGACAAUUGAGAAUCAAACUGGAGACCACAAUGAAGGAACUGAGUGCACUGAAAAAGCUAAACCAAGACUUACUAAUUGAAAAGGAAGAGUGGGAAACUGAAGUUAGUUGGAAAAAGAAACUCAAUUUCUCAGAUAUGCCCUGUAUGACAGAAAAGGAGUACCAGUUAGUGUGUCUGGAACAAAAACCUGUUAAAGAUGUGAUCAAGAACAAAAUCCUUGUGGUACAAGAAAUGCAUAAGGAUGUGGAGACCACUGAAAACACAUUAAGAAAGAACCAGGGUACAAGAUUCAAUCUGAGGCUUACUGACUCCUUUGCCCCUGGCAUUGGUCUGGAAAAGCCUAGACAAAGGCUCGACAACGUAGUCCAUCCUCCAGAGAAUGAAUUAAUACAUGUUUCUGCUUUGCAUUUGCAAUUGGAUGAGUCACAGAAAAUCUUACAGAAGGAAAGAGAAAUGCAUUUUUUCCUGGAAAAAGAAGUAGAGAAGCUGGACUCCGAUCUCUCUCAGUGGAAAUGGAAAUAUGAAGAAAUGCGACAGUCCAAGCUGGAGAGCCUGAAACAGCCGAACAUACUACCUGACCUACACCAAAAUGAAGUGGAAAGGAAUUUUGAAAAUAUAGAGGAUGAAACUUGUGCCCGAACCAAUAUGGACAGAAAGAUGUGUGAAUUAAGAGCAGAGCUGGAGAGACUACAGUCUGAGAAUACCUCUGAGUGGGGAAAGAGAGAAAUACUCGAAACAGAAAAGCAAGAUCUGGAAAGAGAAAAUAGAAGGUUGAAGGCCCAGGUGAAAGAAAUUCAGGAACUUCUGGAUAAGAGAAAUAAACUGCCAUCAACUACCUUGGGUUCUGAUUUCAAAACAGCACAAAGUGAACUACUGGAAAAAAAUAAGGAGCUCAUUGAGCUGCAGCAUGCACACCACAAGCUAAACAAGCAGUAUCAUGAUAAAGCGGCGGAACUGAUGCAUACAAGCAAGAGAGUGGAACAACACGAGGAUGAGGUUAAGAAGCUGAGAAGUCGGGUGGAAGACCUAAAAAGAGGGCUAAGCCAGGCAGAGGAUAAGCUCGAUGACUCACUAAACCAGAUUCGAAAGCUACAGCGAUCUCUGGAUGAGCAGACAGAGGCAAAUGACAACUUACAGAUUCAGCUUAAUCAUUUGAAAAGCAGGUUAAAGAGACAGCAGAAAGUGAGCUCUGGAUUUGGGAUCAAGCAGAGUUCCACGUAUGAUGCUGGUGACUCCACGGAGACAGUGAGCAAAGAUGAGGGGAGCCAGCAUGCUUCAUAAAACAACCCUACAGUGACAAGCCUAACACUGAUCAUUAGGAACAGAGAAAAACUGAUAAAGAUUUAGAAGAAAGAGAGAGCUCUGAAACACAUGGCAGAUCUAUACAAAGAAAUACGAUGUGUAUUAUUUCUAAUACAGUAUUCAGGACUUGUAUUCAUAUUACAUUAGACUCGCAGGAAAUGUGCCUGCUUCAAUGUGUACCAAAUCUGAAUUGGAGUUUGCAGUUGUGAAUUUUUCAUUCUCAGUUCUCUUGAUUACUGUCUCCUAAAGCAAAAAUCUGAUUUUACUUACUGUGGCAAUGUCCUAGUUUAUCUUCAGACAAACUGAAUUUAAAACAUGCAAGGUGAAGGAUACCUGGUUCAAAUUUAGUAUUGUCCAGAGGACAAGGCAAUGGACUGGGAACCAGGAGAUUUAGAGAUUCUAUUCCCUGCUUUGCUGCUGACCUUUUAUGUAAAUUUGGGCAAGUCACUUUGUUCCUCUGUGCCUCAGUUUCCCCACCUAUAUAAUGUUAGAAGGUGCAUACAUUCCUUCAUACAUGUAUUUGAGAUCUGCAGAAGAAAAGACUUAUAAAUAUCAAUAUUCAUUUAGAUUUCAAAUCACCCCUCCUCUCUUAUUUUUUCUGUCCCAACCUCUUCUCCCACAUAUACGUGCAUGCAUACAAACAUGUACCUAUCAGCUUAUUUUAAGGUCUUAACUGUGCUUUUGUUUAAAUAUAUCUGUUUUAUUAAUUCUACAUGUAUAAGUAUUUAAAUCAUGUUUAAGUACCAGUAGUCUUCUUAUAUGAAACAGCACUCUAAGCAUUAGGACUUUCAAAAUGACAAAUUUUGAAAGCUUUGAAAUACCAUUCUCUUCAAAUGUUAAAAAAUGAUGUGUAAGACCAGCAUUUCUCAGCCACUGGGUCAGGGAUAUUCUCUAACAGGGUCAAUAGCAACUGUCCUGGAGUCAUUAAUAGGAAUAUGAAAAAAAAACCUAAAAGUUUUGGUUCAUGGGGAUCCUAUAUACCUAAUAUGUCAGUUCUGCAUAUUCUGCAUAUUUUGCAAACCUAGUUACAGUUUGAUGUUGUAUCCAUAUGAGCCUGAAACUCCAAGAGAAAUUCUUAAUUUCCUAUUGAAAUCAGCAAGUCUUGCCACCCUUUCAAACUCCACUAGCACAUUAUAUGCCCCUCCUCAUUUUCCUACAAUCCUUCUUUCUCCCUGCCCCAUGUCUUCAUGGGCACCUGCCUGGCCUGCUCCCCCUAACUGCUGUCUUUGGGGAGAUGUGGGGAAUAGUAAGAUGGUCUGCUGUCCUUUUUCAUACAUCCAUGGCUGGUGCCCAUGUUCUCCCAUGGGGUGGAGGAAUACAUUAAUUGAAACAGGUAGUUUUUAAACACAGUUCCGAAUUUGUGGGAAUUAAGAUUUUAAGAAUGUUAAAAAUAGUGAUUUUGCUUUUUUGACCAAACUGUCUUUCUUCCUGCCCUCCCAAAGCUGACUUCUUCACUAUUUUGUUUCCUAGACCUGUUCAUAUUUUGAUUCAGACUAUCCUUGUCACUCUUACAAGCCAAAGAAGGAAGGGAGGGAACCAUAGCAGAUCAAUUCCGUGUUUUCUGUUUUUGUACAUAGAUAUAUCUCCAUUAGAUGACCAUUGUGUUAAAAAUAAUAUUGAUCAGAUUUUAAAAUAUAUUCUCAGUUUAAAUUAGCCAUCAGAUAACUCCAUGUUUUUCUAUCUUUUCCACAUUUAAUGGCCUGAAUUCCACAUUAGAUUUCAGAAGAGAGAUAGCUUUCAAAAACACUAAAACUGCAAAUGUAAUUUCCUUGACUUAGCUUUUCCUUAGUAACUUCUUCAUGUGCAGCUACACAUAAUACACCCUGGUUCAUGCACUCUCAUGCUUGCUUGCUCUCUCUUACUGUCACAGCAGCAAUAAACUUCUGUAAGGCUAUCCACCAAAAAAUCUGCUGGUGUCUGCAGGAAUUAUGCCACACAAACAGCCUGCUUUUCUGUUCUAUUCCUGCCUCUUAGCCACUCCCAGUUUCCCCAAAUACCCCUGGAUACUCAAGCUAGGUCUACACUAUGGGCGGGAGGGGGGUCGACCUAAGAUACGCAACUUCAGCUACGUGAAUAGCAUAGCUGAAGUUGCGUAUUUUAGGUCGACUUAGCUGGCUGUGAGG